UUAGGGCUGUUGAUCUGACACCGGCUGAGUUUCCUCUCCUGCGAGGUUGGGGUUCGGGGAGAGGGCAGGAGAGGAAGCCGCAGGGCGAGCUUCUGCUUUGUUUUCUGUGUUUAAUUGGACCGAGGUCGCUCCCUACCACUCCUAUCUAUGGCAGAUAUUUUCUUGCUUCUCACCAGUUCACGCUUACAGUUCUACCCCCAGGCGGUACUUACCCAGCAGCUAAAAUCUUUGUUUGUUUACAAUGCGCGGAGAAGCAUCUAUAUUGUUAGAGCUCUGCUCACAGGUGGUUGUUGGGUUGUUGGGGUUUUUUUUAAGUGCUAUUGUUAUACUUGGGGGGAAAAGCAGCUUUCCAUAGAUUAGCAGAAAGAGAGGCCGAACAUGGCAGUUUAUGCGUCUGUUGGCCUUGAGAUAUGAAGCUGCUCUAUAAAUAAAAGCGUAUUAUUAGGUUGGUCCUUGCUGUCUGGAGAUGCAGGGUACACGGUGCCCGUGCUCCCCGGCCACCCUCUGCGCUGGGAACGCUCGGUGCCUUGGGGUGACCAGCUUGGAGGGAGAUGGACCUGUGGGGAGAUGGCAGAGAGCUUCAGUGUCCCCAGAGGGCUCUGCCUGCAGCAUAGCAGGAUUGCUCCCUUGGGUUUAAUUCGGGGAACUGCUGGUUACCCUUUGGGUCUCGGGAUUGGCAUUGUUGGCACAUGGAGACCCUCAUGAUGCUGAAAUGGCCGAGGCUGGCCACAUGCCCUAGGUGAUGCCAAACCUUCUUGGGGACCCCCAGGGUUUUCCCCCAGCAGACCAUGCACAAGGAAAGGAGGCAAAUUUGGGGGGGGGGGGGAACUGCAGGGAUCCCAGUGUUAUCUGGGCUCACAAGGAGGACAUGGAUGUCCUGAUGGCUGUUGGUAAGAGGCUCAUUAUUAUCAUCAGUGAGGGAUGAGUUUAACCCUAAAGUCUCUGGUUCCUGAUGGAAAAGGGUCCUGAGCCACAAGGGUGAGCUCACAGGGGCACAAACGGAGGCAGGUCUUUCCCUUCCAAGCGGGAUAGUGACCCCUGAGGAAACAAGAAGGAGCAAGGCUGGGAAGGAAGAGUGUGUAUUUUGGGGGACAUAAGGACACAUGCACUUCCUUGGAGGAAAAAGAGUCUGCUUUGGAAGGACAUUAGCAUUUUCCAACUGGGAGAAGCAGACCCGACCAUGGUGAAUGGGCUGGUUUGGGUAAGAGACACCCUGAAAAAACCCUGGGGAGGAGAUAAACCUCACAGGAGGUUUGUCCACACUGUGUGGGCUGGGAAAUCUUCUGGGACCUUCCCCUUCGCCAGCUCACCUGGGUCAUGCCUUCCCGCACCACUCCCCUUGCCUCUCCCUCCCUGCAGAUGAGUAAUGCCACACGUGCCUUGCCCUCUCCCAUGGCACCCGGCACCCCAGGGCCCAGCACGGUGGCCAGGUUGGCCUCCGCCCCACCAUCCCCGGCCCUUGUCCUGCUCACGGCCACCCACAACGACUCUGAGGAUGGCCAGCAGCUUUUCCUGACCACGACAGCGGCGCAGGUCAUCUCCGGCAUCUUCGUGUGGUCGGCACUCAUCGUCACCUUCCACCAGAUCUACACGCACCUGAGGAAUUACACCAUCCCCAAGGAGCAGCGCUACAUCAUCCGCAUCCUCUUCAUCGUGCCCGUCUAUGCCUUCGACUCCUGGCUCAGCCUCCUCCUCCUCGGCAGCCACCAGUACUACGUCUACUUCGACUCAGUGCGUGACUGCUAUGAAGCUUUCGUGAUUUACAGCUUCCUGAGCCUGUGCUUCGAGUACCUGGGAGGGGAGAGCACCAUCAUGGCAGAGAUCCGAGGGAAGCCCAUCGUGUCCAGCUGCUUUUAUGGCACCUGCUGCCUCCAGGGCAUGUCCUACUCCAUUGGGUUCCUGCGCUUCUGCAAGCAGGCCACGCUGCAGUUCUGCAUCGUGAAACCCCUCAUGGCGAUCGUCACCAUCAUCCUGCAGGCGUUCGGGAAGUACCACGACGGGGACUUCAACGUCCACAGCGGGUACCUCUACAUCACCAUCAUCUACAACUUCUCCGUCAGCCUGGCACUUUAUGCCCUUUUCCUAUUCUACUUCGCCACCAUGGACCUGCUGCGCCCGUUUGAGCCAGUCCUCAAGUUCAUCACCAUCAAGGCAGUCAUUUUCCUCUCCUUCUGGCAAGGGACGCUGCUUGCCAUCCUGGAGAAAUGUGGGGUGAUCCCUGAAGUUCAGAUCAUCGAUGGGAAGGAGGUGGGAGCUGGGACGGUGGCUGCUGGCUACCAGAACUUCAUCAUCUGCAUUGAGAUGUUCUUUGCUUCCAUUGCCCUGCGCUAUGCGUUCACCUGCCAGGUGUACAGGGAAAAGAAAGAAAACUCAACAGCAAACCUUGCCCCGAUGCAGAGCAUCUCCAGCGGGCUGAAGGAGACCAUAAGCCCCCAGGACAUUGUGCAGGAUGCGAUCCACAACUUCUCACCCGCGUACCAGCAGUACACCCAGCAGUCGAUGCAGGAGGCAGAGCGCAAAGCGCCAGGGGAGAACGGGCACGUGGCCUCCAAGGUGGAGGGACCGAGCGGCAGAAAGAGCAAAAACAUUGAGAAGAGAGUGCUGAUCCUGUCGGACGAGGAGCUGUAGGAGACAUUGGAGGGGACGGUGACACUGGAGAGGUUUAAACCCAUGCAAAUGGGAACUGUCUCAAUGCUGAGGCAACCCGGUCUCAUCGGAGUACCGAGAAGCCAGAAACUCUACCCAAAAAGCCAGUUUCUCAAAGGGAAGAUGCAAUAACCCAGGGAAAGGUUAAAGCAAAUAGUGCCAGCUUCUGCUGUCCCAUCUCUACUGGUGUUAGGGACUGGGCUGACUUUGCUCCUGUGUUGCUGUCUGGGCUUCGCUGCCCCACUCAUGGGGUCUCCACACCAGCCCGGUGCCCGUCCCCUUUCUGGGGGUGCCAGGCAGGGAGGGGAGCCGGGCCGCAGGAUGGACCAGCCGCCCUCGCCCUCCUCUUUCCUCCAAGCAGCGCUGAGGCCUGAGAGAAAUGCUUUUCUCAGCACAGUUCUGCUCUACUUUCUCCCAAUUUGAGUAAAAAAUGAUCUCAAAGGGCCCCGUGGAGAAAACCAGCCCAGGAAGGUGACUUCACUUCACCUCAAAACCCGGUAACGGUUGAAAGAUGUCAUUCCUUAUUUUUACAUCUUCUCCCCGCUCCUUCUCUCAGAGAAGCCUACGGAGUUGUGCAGAAGACCUUUGCUAGGGAGGAAGAGUAAGUCAUCCUCUUCUCCCUCCAGAUGGGGAUGCAGCUGCCCGAGGAAGUCCCCUGGGAGCAGCAGUGAGGUCCCACUCGGGGCCAACGCGGGGGCUCGCAGCUGCAUCUCGGAGAGCUGCCGGUGACAGAAGCGCUUGUUUAUGUCUAAACCGACUUAUCUCCGAAGGGAUCAGAAGUUAAAAGGGAUUCCAGCUUCCUUAUCAGGGUCCUCAUUAGGGAACCAGACCGUGACUGGUGGUGGUAGGAAUGCGCUUAUUGGGAACUGUCUGUUCCUCCUAACCCCUCGCUCUUUACCGGCCCUGGGCUUUGCCCAACCUGUGGGAAGGCGGGUGGGACUGAGCCCCCCCCGGGUGACGUUGGUGGGGAUGAAGUGGCGCUGGGGGCUCAGGGCAGGACCGCUGCGGGGGAAGAUACCGCACGGAGGGAUUUUCCCCAUAUCAGUGAUGGAAAGCAUGCAUCCUUCUGUUAAACUUCCCCUAUUUUUUUUUUUUUUCUUUUCCCCCCCCCAAUUCUUAGUCCAAUUUCUAUUCCCAUUAAUGAGAUGAUCCUUGGGAACUUACUUAGGCGCCGGCCGGGCUGUUGUUUGGGGGUGGGAGCUGGGUAGUGAAAGGACGAGGGCAAGUCUACAGCCUCGGAUUCGCAGUCGGGUGGCAAACAAACCGACGGGAAAGGCUUAGAGCCAUUUCACACGCCACUCCUAGCCAGGUGGUUUGUUUUUUGUUUUUUUUCCCCUGCUCUUAAGCUGCAAAAUGUAAAUCACGACAUGAAAUUAUUUUAUUUA